CAUUGGCCAAAACAGCCACGGCAAACAAGUAAAGACAAUUCCAAACGAAACACUUUUCAUUUCGCGCCUGCCUUUGCACAGUUUCUUCUGACUUUGCUGACUUUUGUGACUUUACUGACUUUGUUUGGCUUUGUUUUGGCCUGGCUUUUUUGCGGACCAAGUCAAGUGUUUGGGCCCAAGUCUUUGGGCCGUUUUAUUCGUUCAACGGGCGCUUGAGCGAACGGUUGUUGCUUUGUCUUUUAGCUUUGGCUUUGUAUCUUUGCAUCCGACGGAUACGCGAUUCGAUUUGAGCUGUGCCGCGACUUUCAGUGUGUGUGCGUGUGAAGAAAGAGCUAUAUUUAUAUAUAUACAUAUAUAUAUAUAUAUAUAUAAAAUAUAUUUUGUUGCCGUUUUCUGGCUGGUGAAAUAGCCAUAGCAAUCCGCCAUCGUAAUAGCAAUAGUUUUUCCAGUGUUCAUUACAUAAAGUAUCAACGCCAAAAUUAAAAUAAUAUCUCUGUAUAUACAUACGCAUGCCCAGCGAGAAAAUCUUAUGCAAAUGCGUUUUUAAAAAUAAUUAAGCCAGCCAGCCUCGAGAUUUGGCAAGAAAGUCGUUUGCAGUGCCUCAGUGAUUUGGGAUUUCUCGCAUUUAAUUCGGAAUUUAAUUCGGACUUCGUAUUUCGGAUAUUUGGAUACUCAGCUCUGAAUCAAGCUCCCCGUUUUAGCCAUGUGCCGGCCAUAAACCGAAGACACGCUUCCUAAUUGAAAACAGAGCCAGCUAAAUGGACGCGUAGCAAGAGGCCACAAGAGCGAGCGAGAGGGCGUGUGUGUGAGACAGAGAGAGAGAGAGAGACGAUCGUGAUUUGGAUUUUCAGCGUGAUAUCAAAACGGAGCGGACAGCGGUCGAGUGGUCAGGAAAAAGAACAACAACAACAAAAAACAAAAACAAAAUCCACGCCAAAAUGUCCAACGCCACAAAAAUGGUUUACAGUUAUAGAAUUUUAUGGCUUUCCGGCGUUUUACUAGGUCCUAUUUUGCUGGCCGCCAUUGCUGUUCAGGGCCAAGAGCCUGCCAGUCCAGUAUUUCAAAAUCACAAGACGAAGGAAUGGACGAAUUUAGAUAAUAUAACAUUCUCAUUCGAUUGCAAGAGGCGUUCGGUGGGCUUCUAUGCCGACAUGGAGUACAAUUGCCAGAUCUUUCACAUGUGCGACGAGGAGGGCAAUCGCAUUCCCCAUCUGUGCGCCAAUGAGACGAGCUUUAACCAGGAGUACAGAAUCUGUGAUUGGGACUACAACUUUAACUGCACAGAGUCACCCAAAUGGUUCUACCUGAACGAACUGACCUAUGCCACAGAUCCGCCAGAUGAAGACGACGAGGAUUACUGAACGAUUUGCACUUAAUUAAAUAUUUAUUGUGUCUCCAAAUGCAAAAACAAACUAAUUAAAUUAAACGCCGUAUGCAAAAACGAUGAGUAAUUGUAACUGAAAAGAAGAAAAAUAGAAAAAAAGGAAAAAAGUGUGAAAAUCAGUAAAAUUCCAUCCAAAUGAGAUAAUAUAAUUUAAGCGCCUUGUUGACGAUUUUGUUGAGUUUCGUUUUGUACUUUUGUAUUGUAGUCUAAUUAAUUGAGUCGUGCGACAGGAGUCGUGUUGUGUGUAUAUACUGUAUAUAGAGAUGGUUCCCAGUUCCAUUUCCAUUUCCAUUCAAAUUUCAAAUCCAUUCUAUAACUAGAAAUUUCCAUUCGAUACACCCGGAACAAACUCGGAUGGGUCCGCCACAUUAUUGUAUAAUUUACAAAUAAUCCUUCGUAUUUGUAAGCAAUCUUAAAACGAAAUAAUAAAAACAAAUCAAAUUGCUA